AGUGUGACGUAGGAGGAAGGAGACGCCAUUAGAGGGAGGCAGAGAGGGAGCGCUCUUCGCCUUCCUCGGGUGCCUGACGUGGUGCUGGGCCCUGCAUUCUCGGAAUCUUUCUGGGCCCUUCCACACCACGCCCGAGGAGGGGUGCAGCGGGCGUCCCAGUCGGCGGGCCGCUGCGGAGGGGUGUGGCGGCCGCGGCUGUGAAGGCGCCGCCGCGGUUCUGGGGCUCGGGCGGCCGGGAAGCGGCGGGAUGGCUGCGGCCGGCGGCGGCGGCGGCGGGGCGGCGGCGGGGCGAGCGUACUCGUUCAAGGUGGUGCUGCUCGGGGAAGGCUGCGUGGGGAAGACGUCGCUGGUGCUGCGCUACUGCGAGAACAAGUUCAACGACAAGCACAUCACCACUCUGCAGAGAUUCCAUGCAUUGGGUCCAAUUUACUACAGAGAUUCAAAUGGAGCUAUUUUAGUUUAUGAUAUAACAGAUGAAGAUUCUUUUCAGAAGGUAAAAAACUGGGUCAAAGAAUUACGGAAAAUGUUGGGAAAUGAAAUCUGUUUAUGUAUAGUUGGUAAUAAAAUAGAUUUGGAAAAGGAGAGACAUGUUUCCAUUCAAGAAGCGGACUCGUAUGCAGAAUCUGUGGGAGCAAAGCAUUAUCAUACCUCAGCCAAACAGAACAAAGGAAUUGAGGAACUUUUUCUUGACCUUUGUAAAAGGAUGAUAGAAACAGCACAAGUGGAUGAGAGGGCAAAAGGCAAUGGCUCUAGUCAACCAGGAGCUGCAAGACGCGGUGUACAGAUUAUCGAUGAUGAACCUCAAGCUCAGAGUGGUGGUGGAGGGUGUUGUUCUUCUGGAUAACUGUUCACACCUAAGAAAUUGAAAAAACAAAACUGUGGAUCAUUGCCCUCAACAUGAAGACUGCCAUAUUUCAAGUCACAUUAUUUUACCAAUGGAGUUAUAGAAUUAACAGUAUUUUAAAUUACAUUUAUAACACUGCAGAGACCUUAAGUGCUAAACUUAGUGGAGUUUGUGACCAGAGAAUUGGCAUUUUCUACAAAUGUU